ACUCAUGCUGGGUUUCACUGACUCUGAACACUGACUAUCCACAGUGACACGUGUUAAAGCCGCAGUGGUUUGAGGUUUUGUUCCUGUGAAUGCUGUUAAUGAAAAACUGAAAUGAAAAUGAUGGAGGAAGAACUGAAUUAUGUGUCGGUGACAUUCAAGACUGAUAUUUUUACAUCUGAGAAACCCAGUGACCUGGAAGUAAUCUAUGAUGAGGUGAAGACCGAUGAGCUAGCAUGGGAUACAAAUCCUGUCAUACCAGUAGGAAAUAAAAAGGAAGCACCACUCCAUACUCCUCUGAAACUGGUGGCAGCAGCUUUGGCCAUUAUUUGUGUCAUUUUGGUGUCAGUCAUCAUCGCUCUCAGCAUCCACUUCUUAACAGUCAUCUCACAGCAGAAGAGAGAAAACACCAACUUAACAGCACAGACUGUGCAGCUGCGGACAGACCUGGAGAGAAGGACACAGGAGCUGACCAGAGAGAGAGACGGACUCAACUGGACCAUCGGAGUCAUCCUUGAAUAUGAGAACUUUCCAGUGAAUACCCACUGCCCACAAAAAGUGUGUAAACCUUGUCUGGACGGCUGGGUGCUGUUUCAGUCGCACUGUUACCUGUUUACAGCAGAUUAUUAUUACUAUUAUUGGAGUGAUUGGGAGAGAAGUCGUGAUCAGUGCAAAGAAAUGAAUGCAGAUCUGGUGGUGAUUGGAAGUCAGGAGGAACAGGAAUUCAUCAAUAACCACACCAAAUACUACGAAGAUGAAAAGCAUGGCUAUUGGAUUGGCUUGCGCAAGAUGAAUACAAUGAACACAUGGACGUGGGUAGACGGAAGUAACUCCACUGUGAUGUACUGGAUAACACAACAAAUUGGCUACGAAGGUCCCUGUGCUCUAACUCUGCCUCGUGCAGAUCCACUGGCCAACUGGAACACAGCAGGCUGUAGCAUGAGGAACCGCAGGAUCUGUGAAACAAGAGCCUUGAUCAAACCUGAUUAGGAAUCCGUUGCAUUAACACAAUAUUUAUCUAUCUAUCUAUCUAUCUAUCUAUCUAUUUAUCU